GGCCUUUCCCGCCCCCCUCCCUCUUCCUUCUAAUGCUUUGAGAGAGCUGGGAAGUGGCCGGGGGAGGCGUCUGGCCUCAGAGGGAGCCCCUGGGGUCUGCCUCGUGCUGUGGUCUAAUCUCGCUUGCUUGUUGUGUGGGUCACACCAGUUUCCUGGUGUGCGUGUGUGUUGUUUUUGAUUCAUGAAAAACACCUAAAGCUGGAUGGAGAAAUAAAUUGGUCGGCUGCCAACCUAUCGCACACCAGCCCUAUAGAACACGCUCGGUUUCAAUUUUGGUUUUAGUUUAUGGUAUUAAAAAAAAAUUUUUUUCCCGGUUUAGUCACUACGGAAACAAGGACGUAAUGCUCUUCCCUCUUGCCCUGAAAAAAAGGAGAAUUCACUUUGUCUCGCGAAAACCCUAUCGAGAAUUUAGGCCAAACCAGGAAAACAAUGACACCCCACCCCAAAUCCCAGCACUCACCCCGAGGGGCUGGAGGGGCUGUGGGGAUUGAAAGGACCUGGCUAAAAGGGAAAUGUUCAUCCAGAGAGCCAGGCAGCACCAAGCCCCUGCUUUUCACAAGAUUCCACCAAAUACCUUAUUGAAACCUCUGGCUGAAAACGCCUAACUUAAACCAGGACGUUCUCCCACGCAGUUUUCCAACACAAAUUCUUUCUCUCUCCCCUGAUUUCCUUUGGCCUCCAUUCUGAAAUAUGUGGGGGAAACACCCCGUUUUCUUCUCCAGCCCACCCCCUAUUUAUUUUUGUAGAACUUUCCAGGGAAUGGUUUGUUCUGGAAAUAGGCACGAGGACUUCAGCUGCAUCCCAUAAAAAAUAAACACAGACACACACAGUGUAUGCACAGCUUACGGAUGUUUGUAAACAGACCUAGGUACCCGCCAGAUCUUUCCAGAUUAGGAGUGUGUAAAGAGAGAAGAAAAUGGAGGGGGGAUAGAGAAGAUUAGCAAAGUUCCUGCUUGAUCACCGAAGGUAAUUGCUUCUCCCACUGAUAUCGCUGACACCACCAGGAUAUUGCUGAGAGUUGCAUACAUUCGCUAGGGUUUUACAGAUCUUAUAAGCAGCCUCCGGAAAUUCAGCAAAAUGGCACAAAUAGACUUUCUCCAGCCACCAUAGAAUUCAGGGCUUUAAAGCUAAUUCAGGAGGCUUUACAAACACAACCAUAAAAAUGCCACAGGGACGCUAUUGCCUUUUUUUUUUUAAAGAAAUGAAUCCAUCUGUUGGGAAGUCAAAGAUCUGGAGGAAACACCUCUUGGAGAGUCAUCCUGGAUGGAGCCAUUUAUUCAUUUACUGUCUGGGGAAUGCAAGGGGCUAGGUGGCCAGGCGUUGUUUCAAGUAGCCUCCAGAAUUUCUGGGGGCAACUACCAUAACUCCAUCCAGGGCAUGAGCUCCCCAGCUUUGGGGCUUGCAGAGCCCGGCCAGGGCGCAGAUUUCGACCUUUAAGGAGGUAUCCGUUCAUUCAAAUGUUCAUAAAUCCAGGGUUCGAUCAUUUAGUCGGAGGGAUACCGAACAGGACUGGGCUGCCUGCUCUCUUCGGGCACUGGCCCUCGGCCCUGUUCAGGGGUGGUGUCUUUUGAAUAAGGUAAACAUUUCUCUCUGGAUUUCGAUCUCAGUGAGGAAACAGCAUCGAUGAAGUGAGAGAAAGGAAACCAGAAUACUUGGAGGGGUCAGGAAGACUGAGAAGGUGUAGGGAAGAGGCCCUGGUGGGUUUCGGGAGCCCAGAAACCUUUGUAGCUCGCCUCCUUUUUGGAAAGUCCCUUCUUUUCUCUAAAAAAAAAAAAUGGCCGAAUUCGGGAUCGCUCUUUCGGGAACUAGGUUGGGGGAGGAGAAUGGGGAUUUGUGGGCCACGGGGCCGCGGCCAUCGUCGUCGGUCUCCCUCAAAAUGAAACAUUGGAAAGUACCUGAGUCGGGGUAGUAGAGGUCUUUAAUCUCUCUCUUUUUAAAAUGGGAUAGGGAGGCCUGAGGGAGGAGAAGGAGAUCAGAAAGACCCUUUUGGCCAGUGGUUGAGCAUGAUGCCCUGGUCAAGGAGAGUGCAAAUUUCUUUUCCUCCCCUUCAGAGUAUGGGCCCCUUGGGGUGUCCACAGGCCUCUUUUGGGGUCAGUGUGGGAGGAAGGGGUGCUCUCAUCGUCUUCCAGGUUGCAGUGAGCAAAAGAGUGGCGGAAGGUCUCCUCUGAGCCUCUGUCUUCCCCUCCACCCCCGCCCAUUCGACCGGUGGGGUUCCAGAGCCCAAGGGUGGGAAGUGAGGGAGAGAGGUAAGGGUAGGGACCCCCUGACCUCGGCCUCCCCCUGGCGGAGCCAAACUUGACGAAUCUGUCCCUUUUUGCAGUUGCAGUGAGCAGGAUGGGUGGGAAAGGAAAAGAAGGGGGGUAGGGGUGGAAUCUGUUGUCACGGCCCUUCCUGGCAGAAGGUCUAUCAGAGUUCCAGUUGCUUAAAAACAAGGAGAGAGAGAGAGAGACAGAGACAGAGAGAGAGACAGAGAGACAGAGAGAGACAGAGAGAGACAGAGACAGAGGAGGCCUCGGCUAGGCUGUCCUCCAAAACCAGGCUUCUGAAGGGCCCCCAAAUCCCCGGGGCCCCGAGGCCAAGGAGGCCGAGACCAGCCCCCUCCUCGGCGGGCGGCCCUGGGCUGGCGUUCCAGGAAGAGAGGCGGGCGGGCAGGCUGGCUGUGCGUGCCCAUUAAUCUGCCGGGUGUGCGGGCUGGGGGUUGUUUGUAACUUUGCUGGCUCGGUCGCCGCGGGUCCCCGGGGAGCGGGCUCCACGGCUCGCUCCCAUUGGCCGCCGCGCCGUCAGCUGGUGCUAUUUGCUGCUGUCGCUUUUGGCGCUCGGCCAUCCAGAAACAAACCAGUUCGAUGACUACUAAUAGUUAUAGCCAGAUGUACUAAUACACAACAAAUCACAGUCCUGCAGAGGGGAGCGCAAAUGAGUUCCUAUUUUGUGAAUCCCACUUUCCCUGGGAGCCUGCCUAAUGGACAGGACUCCUUCCUCGGGCAAAUCCCCCUCUAUCCAGCUGGCUAUGAUGCUCUGAGGCAUUUCCCCGCUUCUUAUGGGGCAUCGAGCCUCCAGGACAAGACAUACACCUCACCUUGUUUCUACCAACAGUCCAACACGGUCAUUGCUUGCAAUCGAGCGUCCUAUGAGUACGGCACCUCCUGUUUCUAUUCAGAGAAGGACCUGAGUAGCGCUUCUCCCUCGGGCAGUGGCAAACAGAGGGGCCACGGGGAGUAUCUGCACUUUUCUCCUGAGCAACAAUACAAAUCCGAAAGCAGCGUGCAGGGCAAAAUCUUAAAUGACGAAGGCAGCGACCGGAAGUACACGAGUCCUGUUUAUCCCUGGAUGCAGCGGAUGAACUCCUGUGCUGGUACUGUGUACGGCACCCACGGCAGAAGGGGAAGGCAAACUUACACGAGAUACCAAACCCUCGAAUUGGAAAAGGAGUUCCAUUUCAACCGAUACCUGACGCGAAGGCGCCGGAUUGAGAUCGCCAACGCGCUCUGCCUCACCGAAAGACAGAUCAAAAUAUGGUUCCAAAACAGGAGAAUGAAAUGGAAAAAAGAGAACAAACUCAUAAAUUCCACACAGCCCAGCAGCGAAGAAACAGAGGAAAAGGCAGGGGAGUAG